AUGAGCAGGUGUUACUCUGGUCUCACAACAGAAGUCUAGGACAGCGGGUGUGUUGGGUGUUCUAACUCUAAAGUGGAUGACAUCUUUAGUACCAAUGAGUGUGUACUCCGAAGUCCCAAGGCCUGCAUCUGGAAAUGUGUCUAGCCCCCGGCUUCCUCCGUUUCUCCCGCAGCCCCCAGACUUCGCCACCUUUGGAUUUUCCUGCUCAAAUAGGGGCCCGUGCGCACCGUGGGCCCCGGGCGAGGUCACGGUGGUGGACGGCUGGGUGUUCUUUCCAGUGACACCCACCUCGGACUCCUCUCUUCUCUCGUCCAGCCAACUCCCCAGACCGCCACAGAGACCCUGCGUUUGGCACCUUCUGGCCUCUCGGAGCUCGCACUUUCAUUACCCCCAUCCACCGCAUGUGGCUGUUGGAGAAAGCUGGCUGCAGGGUGGGGACCGCGGAGCCCGGGGCCCGGUGGGCGCCCUGCGGCCUGUUCGCUAAGCGCCGCGGCCCGGGCCCUACCGCACGCGCCUGCCCCAACGUCCUCACCCCCGAUCGCAUCCCUCAAUUCUUCAUCCCACCUCGGCUCCCGGACCCCGGAGGCGCAGAACCCCAACCUGCGCGCGAAGCGAGCGGGCGGGGCCUCCCGGCGGCCUGCUCGCUGCCGCACCUGGCGGGCCGCGAAGGCUGGGCCUUCCUGCCGGAAAGCCCGCACACGCGCCGGCGCGAGUCCCUGUUCCACUCGCCGCAGCCCGCCCCCGCCGAGAGGCUUCCCCCGGCACGGGACCGGCUGCACGGCUCCGCCCCGGACCUGCGCCUCUGCUGGGCCCCCGACAGCGACACGGCCUCGUCGCCGGAGUCGUCGCCCUUCAGCUCGCCGCGGCCCGGCCCGGGCCAGGCCCGGCCGCCCAGGCCGCACUCGCUGUCCCCGGAGGAGGCGAGCUCGGCCGACACCAGCCCGUACGCGCCGCGCCGCGCGGAGCCCGCCCCGCCGCCGCUCUUCCACCUGGACUUCCUGUGCUGCCAGCUGCGGCCGACCAAGGAGAGCGUGCUGCGCCUCGGGCCCCGCGGCGGGCAGCUGCGCCUCUCCGCCGAGUACCAGGCCGGGCCCGGGCAACUGCGGCUGCGCCUGGUCAGCGCCGAGGGUCUGCCCCGCCCGCGAGCCCGCCCCGGGAGCGGCGGCGGCUGCUUUGUAGUGCUAGGGCUGCGGCCGCGCGUCCGGCCGCGGGGCCAGCGGAGCCGCGUGGUCAGAUGCAGCGCCAACCCCAUCUUCAACGAGGACUUCUUCUUCGACGGGCUCGGCCCGCCAGACUUGGCCGCCCGCAGUCUGAGGGCCAAGGUUGUGGAAAGGGGCGCAGGGUUGCGCAGGGACGUGCUGCUGGGGGAGUGUGAGACGCCCCUGAUUGCCUUGCUGCCCCCCUUGGGUGGGGGACUAGGUCCAGGGGCGUCCUUGGCACCUGCGCAUUUCAGCCUGUAGACUGAGACCAUCUCUUCCUCUGGGUCUGCAGUUCCCAUUCCUUCCAUCUGCCUAGCGCGUAUUUAU